UCACGGAGGCGGUGUUUGACGCGCUUCCGGGACGCUGCCGUUUGGCUGUCGGCUCUCGGACCCGUACGGCCGGUGCUGCAUGCUGGAAAGCAGCAGGCGUGCACUGCUGGGGCCCUCGCGGGGCGCUCCGGGCCCCCACUAGCCAUGGGAAUGGCAGUCAAGCUUAAAGGCCCCAUCCGGGUGGGAUUCUACGACAUCGAGCGCACCAUCGGCAAGGGCAACUUCGCCGUCGUCAAGCUGGCCAGGCACCGCAUCACCAAGACCGAGGUCGCCAUCAAGAUUAUUGACAAGACCCAAUUGGAUGCAGCCAGCCUAGAGAAGGUGUUCCGCGAGGUGCGCAUCAUGAAGAUGCUCAGCCACCCUCACAUUGUGAAGCUGUAUCAGGUAAUGGAGACCAAGAAUAUGCUAUACCUGGUAUCGGAGUAUGCCAGCCAAGGCGAGGUGUUUGAGUUCAUCUCGCGGCAUGGUCGUAUGCCCGAACCGAUGGCACGGCGAAAAUUCUGGCAGGUUCUGCUGGCAGUUGAGUAUUGCCACAGCCAGCACAUCGUCCACCGGGACCUUAAGGCGGAAAACCUUUUGCUCGACUCUCACAUGAAUGUCAAGCUAGCCGAUUUUGGCUUCAGCAACUUCUACUCACCGACUGGCUACCUGACAACGUGGUGUGGCAGUCCUCCAUACGCAGCUCCCGAGGUCUUUGAGGGAAAACGAUAUGUUGGCCCCGAAGUUGAUGUCUGGAGCCUCGGUGUGGUGUUGUACGUGCUGGUGUGUGGGGCACUCCCCUUCGAUGGUAGCAGCCUGCAGGUGCUGCGCAGUCGCGUGCUCUCCGGGCGCUUCCGCAUACCUUUCUUUAUGUCGACCGAGUGUGAGCAUCUCAUCCGCAAGAUGCUGGUGCUGGACCCAAGUCGACGGAUGACAGUGGAGCAGGUGAAGCGACACCGGUGGCUGCAGCCAGCAGGCAUGCACGCCCCGGCCACACCUGCAGCUCCAUCCGAUCGUGAGGCUGCUCGUCGAGGCAUCCUCGAUGAUGGGGUGCUUCGCCUCAUGCAGAGCCUUGGUAUCGAUCCAGCCCGCACUCAACAGUCACUAGUGCAGGAGCGCUUUGACCAUCAUUCGGCCAUCUACUUCUUGCUCCUGGAGAGGGCACGACGGCUCGCAGGCGCCGCCACGGCUGCAGCCGAUGCUAGCCGUCGGCCCAGCACGGUGGCCGAGCAGACACUGCGCCACGAGCCUGCGGCUGCCGUGCUGCACAUGCAGGCGGCACUGGCUGCUCACCCAACCAUCGACAGCGUGCGUGGGCACGCCUUCUGCCAGACGACAGAUGGCAACCUGGCUACGUGCCGCGUACCGGCCACGGCACUGCUCAAGGGCUGGCACGCUGCUGCACCACCAGCGACAGGCUCCAUAGACGAAGGUGUCGAGGAAGACCUGGACCCACCAGGAACACCACCUCGACCCGAGCACAGAGACAGCCCACCGCUAUGCAGCCUUACCCAGAUGUUAAGCCUAUCCGACGCCCCUCCGGGUGCACCACCCCUGCCGACUUGCCUCGAGCCGUGUUGUGGCACUGAGGGGCCGCAUCGAUCGGCGGGUGACUUCCGCGAAGGCCGCCGUGCCUCGGAUGGCCUGGUGACACUGCCGGCAGGUCCCGUGGCAUCUGUUGCUGCUGCCACAACGCUAAUGGGCAGUGGACCUCGCGAUGAGCUGUUUGGCAGUGACCGGCGGCUGCCACCACCCCCUCCCGAGGUGCUUCCGCUGACGCUGUGGAGCCAGAGCAAGCCCUUGCAGCGGCGGCCCCGUUGGGCACGGCCUUGGCGACCCACGCCGCCCCGGCCACCACUGGCUGCUUGUGGUGGUGGUUCGCUAGGCGAUGUGCCGUGCCCGUGGGCAGGUCGUGCCUGGGAGGCGAGUGGGCGUGCUGCAAACCCAUCUAGUCAUCUGUAUGGUGCAGGCGACCAUGCCACUGCGAGCCACCACGCGUCCUGGGACCCGAGCCUGGAGCAGAUGGACACGCUGUGAACUUUGGCCACAUGUACACACAUUCUCUUCAGAAGAGCCAGCGAGGAACUCUUUCAUUCGAUGUGACACUUGGUUUUAUUAGUGGUUCACACUCCACUGUAGGCUUUGCAUGAAUUCAUUCAGGCACAGUUUACACCCAACUUGCUGGAGCAGCUUUUUCUUUAUUAUUUUCAAUAAUGUUACGUUGUGUUGCAUGCAUAUGCGGGAACUCUUCUGUUGUGAAUUUAAUUUUAAGUGCUGGCCUGAAGAGCCCCUGCUGUCAUGCUAUGGAUCUCUUCUGUCCUUGCAUGCCUCAGUUGCAGACAUCUUGCAGCUUCCACUCUUCUGAAUCAUUGACUACCUACGAAACUGCCCUUGGUUUCUUCGCCACUGCCAAGGAGUACCCCACGCAUCAGCGCGUUAUGUCUGGCCAUAGCUUGCAGACUGCCUGAUAUGCGUGUGCUGUCCAGCCCUGCGUCCACUAUGCAAUUGUUUAGUGCUGGUAACCUGAGUGCUGCCACAGCAGUGCAGAUCACUUUCCACAGCUGUCAAUACUACCAAAUUGCGCUUGUCCUCUGAGGCAGCAUCUGGAAUGAGCAGCUGCUUGUUUCCACCCACUUGUAAUUUGUCUGCAUUGGCUCGAAGGGGUACACCAGGAUUGUGCAAUGGCCAGAAGUGUCCUUUAGCCUAAAUGGAGAUUAAUGUUCAAGACAUUGUGGUCGCUCAUGCAUUUUGCUACUCUCUUUUGAGCAAUGGUGUUUUCUUGUGUUUCUGGCUCCGGAUAGUGUGUCGAUCUUUAAGCAUUUCACGGCCAAUAGGGUGCACAUGUAGUGAUGAUAUCUGUUGUCAGUGCCACCUUGUGAUAUGCGGCAUACUACUGGUAGUGGUUGUGGUGGCAUAUCCUAGCACCAAGAUUGCCUAGUGGUGAUUGUCAACACUGUGUAAUUUUAGGAGAAUGAGCUUCAGAACAAGAGGCUCAACUCGUACUGUUUUGUCACCUUUGUUCGGCCUCUUCCUGACAACUUUUGUAUGCGGCCAGCAGCUUUUAUCUAACACUGUUUUACCCACUUAGCCAUGCUUUUCAUUAGCAUUUUAUCAUGCGAAGCAAUUGCCUAACAUACCUGGAAAGAUUGUUCAAAAAGUUUCAUGGGCAGUGGGAUAAAAAAAAUCAGCGUUUUGAAGCAUAUUUUAGCAUGUAUAAUUGACAGCUCAGAUACAAGAGCAUUCAUUACUGAGCGUAAAUGGUUUGACUCAUUUUAAUACCUUGGGAAAAGUUUAAAUUGCAAUUGCAUCAAUGGCAGCAGUUUUCCUAUAGGACUUGGGACAAAGGGACAAAGCCAUAAAACUGGAAAGGCAACUGAUUAGCUUAGCUGUGUAUUCAUAGUUGGACAAGAAUGGAAACAAACUGUAUUCGUCUUUGAAUCUCCAUGCACUGGGUAAUUCGUCACUGGGCUGCUGUAUGGUUAUGGGUAACCUUGCAUGCAACAUUGCAUCACACUUUUGCCAUCACAAUCUUUUUUCAUGCUUGCUUUAAAGAUGGCACUGCUUCUGAACACUAGCCAGUGGAUGGUUCAGCACAAAAACAGGUAAGUCUAAAGAAGGCCAUCACAUGACGGUCUAGUCAUCUCUUGUGCAUGCAUCAGUGCAUGAGGGUCCUGGUCAUGUGGUUAGUGUGCAUCAUAAGGUGCAGCCACUUUGGUGUGCCCAAGUGUUGUGUAAUUCUAAGAAAGUGGGGUCGUUGCCACAGUGGCAAAGGUGCACAUUGCGCGGCAGCAAGGUUAGUAGUUUUAAAACAUUCCGCUGCACGUUACUGGUAGGGUGUGCUAUUGUGUUGCAACACUUGACAAGUUGCCUGAUCUUGUCCCUUUGCAGGCCAUGUUUGCUUGAAGCAAGCUUGCAAAACUGUCACAUAGCAUUAGUGCUGUGUCACCUGCUCCCCCAAACAAGCCAUGACUUGCUGUAUCUGCUGUUGGUUCGCUGAUUUAGCACUCAGUGGCACAGCACUAAGUAAAUGUGUGCCUGUUUGCCAGCAUACUCAAGCUUAUUGCCAGUUUUGACUCGCUUGUUGGCAUUAUGAAGUUACAUGUAAAACAAUAUGUGCUGGCAGAAAGUGUCAUGUAUCUGCCUUCAUUUUGUUCAACUGGCACUGUCUGUGUUGUUUUCGUCAUGUAAAUUUGUGUAAUUGUUUAUUUAGGCAGUGAAUAGUGCAUAGGAAACUUUUCAUUGUAAGCAAAUGUCUGUAUAUGUAAGCUUUGAUAUGUAACUGGGUUAAACAUGGUUCAUUAGGUACAUACUGUCUGCACUCAGGGGCAUAAUAUUAAAGAACAUGAUGAAAGCAAACAGGCCUCUCACAGUCUUGGAAUGGAGGGCAAUUUUUUAAUGUAGUGUCAAGGCAUCAUAAUAUCAUGAAUAUCUGUGGUGCCUGGUAGGCAGACUAACAGUGACUACAGAUCCUCCUUUUGUCUAAGCCAAGUUUAUUCUAUUUACAAUGCCUUAGUAUAUCUCGCAAUCCAUCGCCCCUGAGGGUGGAUAUAGUACAUAUUUAGCAGGGCCAGUAUGUGUUGCUGCUUAUCUAUGCUAGUCAUGACACCGUUAAACACUGAAUAAGCAACAGUGAAACUAUUUGGGCUUUUAAACUUAAAAGCACUUCUAGGCACAAGGUAGGCCUGCCUGCUUUUCGACGUCUUACUGUGCAGCUACGAAUGUGGAUUGCAAGACUCACUCGAGACACUAGAUGCAUGCUAGCACUGGAAAGCUGCAGUGAUUUAUUUCCUAAUUACAUUGUCUUCAUGCUCCAAUGUUACACUGAAUAUUUUGCAGCUGCAUCAAGUUGCAUGCUCCAAUUCACAUUAGACUUGCUGCAUAGAAGUGCAUAGGCCUUAAUUCAUAGAGUGCAUUCACAAGCUGUGAUUGGGGCUUGAAUAGACCACCUUGGUGUGUGAAGCAUUGAGGUUUUUCACUGGCUAUACCUGCCAGUAGUGAAACAAAGUUUGAGUCUAAAACACUGAAUGCUAAUGAAGUUUCACAUUUUUCAACCUGGUGGACUUUAUGGCAGCUUAGGUUGUUUACUGUGGCUUUGGGGGAUUAGUGUGCAUACACCUUGGUUGUAAUGCCUUGCUGCGGCUUGCAAAUCAGAUAUCUGUUGUGUUUUCAGUAGCAUUUGUUGUUUAUUUGCUUCUUGUUAGUGAAGUAUAAUUCGGAAAUAAAAAAAAAGCAGCAUAGUAAUGCAGAACUGUGUUGCUUUUGCAACUUGGCUUCCGUGCCUCCAGAGCCCUUGCGAGUUCAUGCUCCCCAUGAAGCUGCCACGUAGAAAAACGCUGCUGUUCUGCCUAUGCUGGGUCUUUGUGGAGUGGAGCAGUGCACACUUCAAUGCUUUGUUUAUACAGCACUUUACUUGCAAAGGGUUUCUGUCAUAGCUUUGGAGGUCAGAGUCUGAGUGAAACUUGAAUGGAGGUGCAGUGUUUGUUAGUUCAGUCCUUGAGUACAUUUUUCAUGAAGCAGCACCUCAUAGCAACGGUGCUGUCAGCUUGAUAUAUCAAAGUGGCACCAAAGACAUAGUAGAGUCGAGUUUGGUAUACAAUAGGCAGUGUCGCGUUGCCCACACACAUUUUUCCCAUGUGUGCUUUUCACUAGGAAUUUAGAGAUAGUCUCAAGUGUGAGUGUGCAUGUGUGCAGAUCUGCUUUGGUUGUGCAAAGACUCCGGAAGGCUCAAUGUGUGUUGUCCCUGCUGAGUAGAGACAUGUGCAUUGCUUUAUACUUUGUUCGGUAAUGCACCCACAUCCUUCAGUGUCCAUAAAUGUGGUGGCAGCCACGAUGGGACUUCCGGAGGCCCAGUCUAACCAGAAGCUACCAGAGUCGUACAUGUGUGGAACUGGUAUGUGUGCCUGCCGAACUGUCCGCUCGCUGUGUGCGAAGCCUUUGGGUACAAAGCACAUUUCACUGUGCGUGGUCACUGGCACCAAGCCGACUUGCUUGUCCAAGAGUGAGAGUUUGAAAUGUGUGCCGUAUGUGUCGCCAGGAAUUGAAUAAAACAUGCUCGACAGGC